GUGGAUUCAGAGGUUUUGGGGGGAUCUGAUUUUCUUCGCAAACACCCUCUUCCAUCUUCAUCAAUUCGUGUAAUACUGCAACACCAAUCGGCUUAGACUAUAACGAAGAAAUUCUGAGAACCAAUAGAAGAGAGCAGUGAUGAGAUCUUUUUACAUUCUUUUGAUUUCUUCAAUUCUUCUCUACAGCUGUAUGCAUAUUACCAAAGCUGAGGUCAUUACGCUCACAGCUGAAACCUUCAAUGAUAAGAUAAAUGAGAAGCAUACUGCUUGGUUCGUGAAAUUUUGUGUUCCUUGGUGCAAGCACUGUAAAAACUUGGGAACAUUAUGGGAAGAUGUAGGAAAGGCAACAGAAGGAGAGGAUGAGAUAGAGAUUGGAGAGGUUGAUUGUGGCACAAAUAAACCUGUAUGUCAAAAGGUUGAUAUCCAUUCUUAUCCAACAUUCAAGCUCUUUUACAAUGGAGAAGAGGUUGCCAAAUAUCAAGGUCAAAGGGAUGUGGAGUCACUCAAACUGUUUGCAUUAGAAGAAGCAGAAAAGGCAGAAAGGAAAGCAGAAAGCGGCGAGGAUAAAGAAGAAUUAUAAUUGAUGGAUACGAGAACAGGGGAUGAGAAUUUUCUAGGCCAAGCAUGGCACUUUAGAUUGAUUGGAUAAUGCCUUUAGUUUUGUUUUGCUUCUUUUUCUGGUUACAGAUUUUCUUGUUAAAAUAGAUUAGAUAUCACGUUUUAUUAAAUCAAAUUCAGUUAGUUCUCUGCGGUAUUUUUU